AUGGUGGAUCCGGCUUCCACCCGGUCAUGGGGAUACGCCAUCCCACUUGGGAAAAUUAUGCUCCACUACAACAUCAACACCGGUCCUGGUGUUCUUCUUUCUUCAAGCAAAAUUAUAAGGUCCCGCAAAUUCAAGGAAAGGAAGAGCAACAGGACGGCCUCCGGCUCUACGGGUGGCCGAAGGAAGAAGGUAGGUGCUAAGAAAGCAGCUCCGGUAAAAGAGAAAUCCGGAAGCAAGAAAAACAAACAAUCGGUCGAAUCUGCUGAUCCGCGGUCCGAAACGCACAAUGAGGAAGACUCGGCCUCCACUUCUGACCGAACCGCUUCACAGAAUACCGAAGAAGAUCUAUUCGGUAAAGGGAAGGGACCGAUGGACGAGGAACAAUCGGUCAGUCUUGAAAAUGCCAAUACUGGUGCAGACAGCCUUAGGGUAGAAUCAUGGACGAAAUCCACCAGCAAGCUCGCGAGGCGGCCGAAGUAUUUCCUCUGUGCUUCUCCUCCAGCGGAUCAGACGAUCAACAUAACCGACGAUAGGACAGAGCCCCCUCACACCGACCUACACGCAUCUGUUCAAACCGGGAAUUCAGAACCGGCCGUAACAGAAGAGAGGGUCAAGACUCUCAUUGAAGAAUUUGUCAACGACGCGGUUAAGCCCUGGAAGAGGAAAAUUAAGAAAGCCGCGGUUCAAGCAAUCAAGAUAGCCGAGACAACAAAGGAUGAUCUUGGCGAGGCGGUCAAGCGGAUCACGUCAGUUGAAACAAACUACGGUGAUUCAGAUGAACUGUACGAGAGGCACCUUCGGCGAACUAAGGAGUUGGAGGCUAUAACUCCGAAGAUGGUGAUCGACCUCAUCUCAGUCAGAAAAACAAUAGCCGAGAUGGAACGGUCUCAGGAAAUAAUCGGUCAAAGAUUGACUAAGGUCGAGGAAGACCUAGCGCAAUCAGUUGCCCAGGCCGGCUCGACACUUGACAGGGUAAUAACUCUUGAAAACAAGAAUGCGACCCUUGAGGAACAGAACACAAAGCUUGAGGCCGAUCUCAAGUCGGUCACCGAACAGGUGGCAGAGUUAAUAGAGGCCAAGCUGGUUGCCGAUAAAGCGAUUGAGGAGGCGAACGCUCAGGCGGCUAAGGAACUUCAGGAUGCGUUGGAUGAGCAGAACCGGACACAGAAGGAGGCAGCAUGGUCUGAUGCGAACUUCGCCGAACAUAUACGAAGAUUAACGGCCAAAAAUCCGGAACUCGCUAAAACCAUGGCGGCCAAUCAAGCCGAAGAUGCUAACCGGUUAAAGGUUCAACAAGACACAUACACAAAUUUCGAAAAGGCUCACAACAAGUCCCAGGCGGCUCCUUCCUCUUCCAUUCCGGCCACACGUAAAAGAAAAGCGACUUCGAAUAAGGCGCAAAUGACCGGACUAUUGGCCAGUGUCACUGAAACAGUUGUUGAUCCGGCUUUGCAAACCGAGGAUGAUUUCGAAGAAGAUGUUCAGCCGCAACUCAGAAGACACCGAGUUUUAGAUGGGGUUCCAAUCAGAACGAUCGGUCAAUAG